AAUUCUCACAAAAAUUACUAAAUCAUUAUUAUUUAUAAACUUUUGUGUAACUGGGUAAACUUUUUUUUUUAUUAUCAGUAUCCAUAUUGAAAUCAUUUCCAUAAAGAAAAGAGGAAUUUGUUCAAGUUAAAACAAACAAAACUAUUUCAUUAAUUGAAUAUAAAGAAGAGGGAUUUUCAAAAAAAAAAAAAAGGAAAACGGGAAUUGAAAAACAAACAAAAAAUAGGAAUAUUUUCUUUCAAAAAAAUAUUCAUACAAAGUAAAUUAGAAGAUAUCCGUUUAAAAGACGGAAAUAUGUCAAGUUGGCAACGUCUUUCUGGAUAUUUAAAUUCUAAACCAACUGGACCUCCGCUUGUGAAUAAUGCAUCGGAUAUUGCUGCAUAUUUUGAAUCUGCAUUCAAAAGAUUGAAAGGGAUUCAACGUCACUGGUAUGUAUUUGAAGAGUCCACAUUGAAAUUGAUGGCUUAUCGCAAUCAAAUGGAUGCAGCUAUACCAGAUAAAGAACCAUUGAAAACAAUCAAUAUUCAUGGAGCUGUAUUUCAUAUUGAUCCUGCUGAACAUAAUCAAUUUAGUAUUAUAUCAGAUGGAAAAGAACAUAUCCUUCAAGCCGAAACAGAGGAUGCUAUGCUGUUAUGGCUUCAUGUUUUACAGACAAGAAGAAAUGAAGCAGUACAAACAAGUGAAUCUGACAAUUCAUCUCCUAAUGAUGAUAGUUUAACAGAUUAUAAGUUAUUUCGUCAAAAUUCUUUAAUGAAAAUGCAAAUGUCAAUACCAACAAGAGCAUCACCAAUUAUAUCAUCUGAUUCAAAUGAAUCUUCAUUUAAUAAUAAUGGAUCAUUAAGAUCACGUAAAUGUAGUAGUCAUCAAAACUUAAAUAAAUUAAUCAAACAAUUAUCUAUAGAUCAAAUGAAUGAUAAUCAAUCCUAUAAUAAUCAUUCAUUAAUAGAUCAUACAUCAUUAUGGAUUUCACCGAUAGAUCAUUCAAUGAAUACAUCAUCAUCAACAUCAUCAUCAACAUCAACAUCAACAUCAACAUCAACAUCAUCAUCAAUGACAACAUCAACAACGAAUCGUGAUGUAAUGAGACGUUUAUCCUACAAUCGAUCUAAUUCAUAUGAUUCUGAUAUAAUUAAACAACAUUUAAAUGAUUUAAAUAAUAUCAAUGAUAAAUCAAUAAAAUUAUUAUCAAAAUCUAAUAAUUAUUUAAUAAAUCAAUCAUCUAAUAAAAUUUAUCAACGUAAUAGAAUAAUGAAUUUACCAAUAGAAGAAGAAGAAAAUGAAGAUUAUUCAAUUUUGAAUGAAAAUUUAUCAUAUCAAAUAAAUGGAGAGAACCGAAGUCAGUUGAGGACAACAAUGAAAGUACUAGACAACUUAUCAGAAAAUAAAUGCCAAGUAAAUAAUCAAAAAGAAGAACUGAUGCCAGAAAACAAUCUGAUAGGGAACGAUUCAAACUUAGUGGGAGAGAUCAAUGGAGAAUCUAGAAAAGUUUCGAACACCAAUUCCACAGAAUUUGAUGAAUUUAAUCAAACGGAAAAAGAAAACUACAACGUGAUAUCAAGAAGUGGUCCUCAAGAUUCAUUCGAACGACAGUGUACAGAACAGCAAAUGUCAACUGGAGAAUAUUUAACAAGUCAAUUGUCAGCAAAAUAUCAAAGUUCAAUAAUACUUCAAAAUCCUCGAGUAUUUACUGAUAGUGAUAUCGAUUUGGAAAAUGAGCUUACGCCAAACGACUAUAUAAGGGAAUUAAAAGCUCAACUUCAAUUGGCAUUAGAUCGUGAAGCAUAUUUACGUCAAAUGUUAUCUAAUCGAGAAGCUGGUAUGCGAGAAAUUGAUCAAAAAGUGGAGAAUAUUGAGAAUAUAGAAAUGAAAGAUAAUUCAUCAUUUAAACUACCCAAAAAUAUUUCCCCAAAUAAACUGAGAGAUAUGAUUGAAGAUUAUGAACAAAAACAAAGAAUAUUAUAUAGGAAGAAUCAAUUUUUAAUUACAGAAAUACGUGAAUUAGCAUCAAUUAAAUAUAUGUUUACAGAUCAUUCAAAUAAAAUGUCUAAGUACAUUCAACGUUUAAAUAUGGAAGGUUUUAAAUGGAGACGUGAAUAUGUCAAACUAUUACAAGCAUGUCUUGGUGCUACACAAACCGAUCCACAUCAUCGAUUAAUGUUUAGUGAUUAUGGUAAAGAUCGAUAUAAAAAUUUAAUCAGUGAACUAUUGGAUGAAGCAAGACGUAAAGAUCCAAGUUUACCAUCAAUGAUUAAACCAAAAACUGCCGACUAUCAUGUGGAUUUUUAUGGAUUUAAGCAUAGUUAUUUAAAUGAAACAAGUAUUAUACAUUAUAGUUGUCAACAAUUAUAUGAUUUUUAUACACGUCAAUUAUCUGGUGGUGAUGAAAAUUUCUAUCGUUGGACUGAACUUUUAACACAAGCAAAUAGAGAAUUGACAAGAGCUGAUUUAGAAGUUCUUUGUCGUUCUGGUGUACCUAUUCAAUAUCGUGAAGGUGUAUGGCGUAUGUUAAUUCAUGGUGAAUUACAUCAAUUAAUGCAAAUUAAAGGACCAUUAUAUUAUAAUGGACUUUUAGAAGAAUUUAGUGAAAAUACACUUGCAGCUCAACAUAGACGUCAAAUUUCACUUGAUUUAUUAAGAACUAUGCCAAAUAAUGUACAAUUCGAUAAUAUUGAUGCACCUGGGGUACAAAAACUUCAAGAAGUUUUACAAGCUUACAGUAUACAUAAUUCUAAAAUUGGUUAUUGUCAGGGUAUGAAUUUUAUAGCAGCUGUUGCAUUGUUAUUCUUAAGAAAAGAAGAUGCAUUCUGGUGUUUAAUUGCUAUAUUGGAACGGUUUUUACCAGAGAAUUAUUUUAAUUCUGGUUUAAUUGAUGCCCAAGUUGAUCAACUUGUAUUAAAAGAAAUAGUUCAUGAAAAAUUACCACGUCUUUCAUCACAUUUAAAACGUUUGGGUAUUGAUAUAUCAGCUGUAACAUUAAAUUGGUUUUUAGCUGUUUUCUAUGAUUCUGUACCAUUUGAAACAUUAAUACGAAUUUGGGAUGUGUUUCUGCUAGAAGGUUCAGAAACAUUGUUUCGAUUUGCUGUGGCAAUUCUUAAACGUAAUCAAGAUAUGCUAUUGGAACAAAGUGAUACAAUUAGUUUUUGGAAAUGUCUUAAAGCAGCAACUCGAUUAACUAAUGACGUUGAUGGUUUAAUUAAAACAGCUUUUGAAGAACUUCGACCAUUUCCUAAACCUCAACUCAUUGCAACUCGACGUGCUUAUCAUUAUGAAAUAUUAAGUAAAAAAAUGUCUAUCAAAAAAGGAUAUUGGCAAAACGUUAUGAAAGAAUCACCUGAUGAAUUUAUUGAGAAUCAAAAUCAUGUUCAACACAAGCGAUCUACUAAAGAAAAUCAAGCAGUAAUUCAAGCAAUCACAUUUUAUGAUAACGAGCAUUUGUGGAUUUGUUAUGGCGAUAAAUCAUACAGUCAAAUUUCAGAAGUUGUUGUCACAUCAAACUGUAUGCAAAGUAUCGGUUAUGAAUUAGAAUCUCGUGUUAGUUGUAUAUGCGCAUUUAGUAAUGAAAUUAUUCUACUUGGUAUGAUGUCUAAACAAUUAUGUGCUUAUUCAGUGAUACGAAAUUCAAAAAUUUGGCAAAUUCCAAUUCAUGACAGUGUCAGUGAUAUAACAUUUGCAUACUUUCUACAUGAUCAUACUAAUAAAGUAUAUGCUGGUUUAACAAAUGGUGAAUUAGUUGUUAUUGAAAAUAUUGGUUUUGAAGAACCACGUGAUUCCAUCUAUUACAUUACUAUUAGUUUUAUUCCAAUAUCAUCUGUACUUUUGGCAAAGAGUCAACUAUGGUGUGCAAGUGGAAGUUCUAUAUUUAUUUUUCAUGCUAAAACAAUGGAUUAUUAUAAACAAAUUAGUAUAUCUAAUAAUCCAUUAGAUGUAAUAUUAAAAAUAUGUCUUGGUGAAAAUGGUGUUUGGAUUGCAGUACGUGGUAGUUCAGUGAUUGAAUUAUGGGAUCCAGAUAGAUUGAUACGUAUACUUUUAUUCAAUAUUGUUAAUGAAACUUAUUUGAGUCGGAGACCAGAAGAAGAGUAUACAUUUAAUCCUCAACGAGUCACUGUAAUACUUCCAUAUGAUAAUACAUUAUGGAUCGGUACAGGAAUGGGUGAAGUUUUAGUUUAUCAAAUUCAUACUUAUCAAAAAACAGAAAAGAAAAAAAGUUUGGAAAGUAAUAUUCAUAUGACCAGACAUAAAAGUUCAACGUCAUUGAAAGAUGAAUUACAAUUGAUUGGUGAAACAACACGUAAAACUUUAUUGAAAUCUACUCGUUGUCCAUCAAAUCCUGAUGUUAGUCAUAUACCAGAUAAAGAUCCAGAACCCCUAUUUUAUCCAUUACGUCAAAAUUCAUUAAUUUUAGAAUAUGCAAUUGAUUCAAAUUAUGUUUAUGAAUUACAAAAAAUUGUACGUAGUAAAGUAGCUGAAACUCCUAUACGAUUUUUAGUUAUGAAAAAAAUUACAGAUAGUCAUAUACUGAUCAUUUCAUGUUCAACCUAUUUCAAUGAUGAUGAUGCUGUACUUAAAUGGAGACGUGAUAAUAAUAAUGGUUCCAUUUGGACAAAUGAACCAAUUUAUGUAUUUGAUCGUGAAAGUCAUUCACUUAGAUUACCAGCUUAUAUGCGUAAUAGUUUAUGUUUACAAAUGCAUAAUAAAAAAUCAAUUAUUAUGAAUAAUUAAAACUUUAUUUGUAAUUUUAUUAUUAUUCCACUCCUCCUCCUCCUCCUCCUCCUACUACUACUACUACUUCUACUACUACUACUACUAUUGCUACUGCUACUACUCCUACUAUUACUACUACUUCUACUAUUACUACUACUUCUACUACUACUACUACUACUACUACUACCACUACUACUACCAAUACUACUACUACUACU